AUGUCUGACCCAUUCAUCGACACGACUUCCAAAACAACAGUCGAUCUACUUGACGAUUCAAGUCUCACAUACUUUAUUCCCCUUACUACGGACUUCAAAGUCGAAGACGCGUUCAGAAAUGAUAUAGAGAAAGCUGAAGAACCGUUUAGCUCAGUUGAGCGACGGGAAUCUCUUUUCUUUGAUGAAUCCGUUGAUAUUUAUCUCGUCCUCAAAUGCUCCUACGUCGAACAAGAUAUCUUGCGAUCCUCUCUACGAAGUCUAGUCAUUUCUGUUGAGACACAGAUCGUCAAUGGAACAGCAUCAGACCGCGAUGGCCAACCACCCUCUGAAAUAAUCUCUACUGGAACCGUGGGCAAUGAUCAGGACCCUACCAUAUUAAUUGGAUUCUUAGGAGGUCAUGACGACCAGGGUGAGGAGGACAGCCGGCAAUAUACCGUUGCGGUAUGGAAACACUCGGUAUUCAUUAGUCGGCCUAGGAUGCGACUGCAGAGUCCCUCGGUUGUCUUCACAGCUACCGCGGGCCUGAAACCAACAGUCCCAUCUCUACUGGAUAGGCCUAGUGAUGCGUACCUACCUAGUGGUGUCGCCUCAGGCCUUAAUCUCCUCGGGUCCUUUGGGAACGACCCUGCUAUGAAUGGUAUCAAGCCUCGCCUUUCAGCCCUCCGAGUGUCUCGCGUUGCGCCGGUCACACACCAAGAUGAAGACGCGCUACAACCUAUAAAGUCGUUGUCUAAACUCUCCCUACGCAUUUACCCUGCCGCGCACUCGCGCAUGCGCUUUACGCAUCUUAACACGACUCCUUCUACCGCGACUGUCCUUGCAAUGCUCGAAGUUGAUUUUACGCCCUUCUUCGAGUGCGAAAUCAUUCUCGAUAAGAUAUCAAUAUCAGUGGCAGAUGGCCUAGUGGAAGACCUUACGAGUCAGGCUGGAAUGCCACUUCCGGUAUCUUGUGUAGCUCAUGAUCAUGUCACGUUCCUAUAUCGCCUUUCACCGGCCGAUGCAGAAGUAGUAUCGAAGAAUCCAAUACGAGAGCUCAAGAUCGCUAUCUCUGCGAUGGCCCUACUACGGCCAGACGUCUGCACGCCUCGCUUGAGCAUGGCGUGGACUGCUACAGUUGAUUUUACUAUCCCCGUGAAUCCGGGAUAUGGCUCUACUAUGCAGCCUAUCCAACGCAUGCACCGUCCAAGUCAACUUUCGAUAGGGGGUGAGAGUACAAUCUCUUUAACAGCACCUUCUGUUGCUCGGCCAGACUCGCUACCUUCUCUAGAAGCUUCAACACGGGCAGAGACAUCCGUGCCCGAUAUGGGUAUUACUAUGACAUUCACUUCUCCAUAUCCGGAUCAGCAGAUCUUCCCAGGCGACGAGUUUGUCUGGAACGUGUUUGUUGUUAACCGGUCGCCAGCGCCGUCGGCGAUACCAAGGAAGUUGGCGAUAGUAGUAGUUCCAAAGCGAAGACGGAACGAAUCACGGGUUAACCGUCCGCCCUCGGUUUCUCGAUUACCUGAAGUCUCACAUGGUCAAUUCCAACAGUCGAAGAUGCCAAAAGAUCGGAGUGUGGCAGACGCUAUCCUUGACGAGAAUGUCGUCCACGCUAUGCAGCACAGCAGCAUUAUCGACAGUGCGGAAGUAGUGUGCCUCAGCGCGGAUGUCAGAGUUGGCCCACUCGCACCUGGAGCAUGUCACGUUGCGGAGCUCAAGUUUCUGGCAUUGAAGGAAGGUAUUGUAAGUGUAGAAGCUGUGCGAGUUAUUGACCUGGCAAAUAACGAGCAUGUGGACAUAAGGGAGUUGCCAACUGUUAUUGUUAAAGGCAAGCAUGAGAGCUGA